AAAGGCAGGCGAUUGUGGACUGUCAUAAUAAGAUUCGCGGGCAGGUGGACGCUUGUUACAUGCCACCGCUGAAAUAUAGCAUGGAGAUGGAGGAGGAGGCUAAAAAAUGGCUGUCGACCUGUCAGUAUCAACACCAGGGACGUUAUUUUGGAGAAAACUUAAUUGGAGUUCAGAGUUGUGGAAUGUGGGCUAGGGAGAGGGGUCGUUACAAAGAGAGCCAAGCGAAUUGUGGUCGCUCCUGCCACUAUACCCAGAUGGUCGAAAGCACUACGACAGAAGUGGGCUGCGCCCUGAACAACUGUUCAAAUAUCUGGCUCGUCGCCUGCUAUUACUACCCACCGUAA